GGCCACGCCGGACUCCUUUCUGUUGCGGACCUUCACCGAGGAUGACCCUCUUUCUCUUCUCGUCGGAAGGGCGACCUGAUAAGCACGGGAUGGAUGAAGGCUUCUUCGGUUAUCCAUUCGCACUGCCUGUCAGUCUGGUUCGCUACCGCCCCGCCUACCCCGAGUUGAGGAGCGCGGCUCGAUUAGCGCUGCCUGUCUUGUGUGCUCCGCACUGCUCUGCUGUUCUCCGCGGCCGCCCGAGGUCCGUGAAGUCAGUUUGUUAGUUUCACUCGAGACUCGCGGCUCCAAUCAAAUCGGCGGGGCUGCGGAUUCACAACAAACAAAAGAUCUCCUGUCCGCUUGCCUUGGAUUUUGCACCACUCACAUCGGCCCGCUUUUCCGUUGUUUUCUCUGAACUGACAUUGACUGCCGUGGAAUCGUUGACGACGCUCAAGUUAUUGUUAGCAGCUUUGUUGCAUUUAUUCGCAUUCUGAUUCAUUAAAAACAACGAUAAUUAGGGAGAGACGGGGGAGAAAAAGGCCACUGUCAUCGCCAUGUCCGGACAGUCCUCGGGCUGUGUCUCCCUAAUGUCGGUGGUGGUACACGGGGACUCGGCUCUCAAUGAGCAGGAGAAGGAGCUCAACCAUCGGCUGAAACGACUGUACCCGGCGGUCAACGAGCAGGAAACCCCACUGCCGCGAUCCUGGAGCCCCAAGGAUAAGUUCAGCUACAUCGGACUCUCUCAGAACAACCUUCGAGUGCAUUAUAAAGGCCAUGGCAAAACCCCAAAAGAUGCUGCUUCAGUUCGAGCCACACAUCCUAUCCCAGCAGCCUGUGGGAUUUACUAUUUUGAAGUGAAGAUAGUCAGUAAAGGGAGAGAUGGGUACAUGGGAAUUGGCCUUUCAGCACAAGGAGUCAACAUGAAUAGACUGCCAGGCUGGGACAAACAUUCCUACGGCUAUCAUGGAGACGACGGUCAUUCCUUUUGCUCUUCAGGCACCGGGCAGCCCUACGGCCCAACAUUUACAACUGGUGAUGUUAUCGGCUGCUGUGUGAACCUCAUUAAUAACACGUGUUUUUAUACGAAGAAUGGCCAUAGCUUAGGUAUCGCUUUCACAGAUUUACCGCCAAAUUUAUAUCCUACUGUGGGACUUCAGACACCUGGUGAAGUUGUGGAUGCCAAUUUUGGUCAACAUCCUUUUGUUUUUGACAUUGAGGACUACAUGCGUGAGUGGAGAUCCAAAAUUCAAACUCAGAUUGACAGAUUCCCCAUUGGAGAAAGGGAAGGGGAAUGGCAGACAAUGAUUCAAAAAAUGGUUUCAUCCUACCUGGUUCAUCAUGGAUAUUGCGCAACAGCAGAAGCUUUUGCCAAAUCAACAGACCAGGCGGUGCAUGAGGAGUUGGCCUCCAUCAAAAACAGACAGAAAAUACAGAAGUUAGUUUUAUCUGGAAGAAUGGGGGAAGCAAUUGAAACAACACAACAGCUGUAUCCAGGUUUAUUAGAAAGAAAUCCUAAUCUUUUAUUUAUGUUGAAAGUUCGUCAAUUUAUAGAAAUGGUAAAUGGGACAGACAGUGAAGUGCGGUGCCUGGGUGGUCGUAGUCCUAAGUCACAAGACAGCUAUCCAGGGAGCCCGCGGACAUUUGGCAGCCCCAGUAUGAGCCCCAGCCAUAGCGUGAGUCUUCACUGUUUGCCUUUAGUCAAACUUGGUGGAUCACACGGACACUUAUCAGGCUUUGACAACAACUGUAGUAAUGGAGUUAUAUCCAACAAACCGCACCAGUCCCAUUGUCACAAACACCAGCCGUCCAGUUUAACAACACCAGAAAUGAACAGUAUAAACAGUUCAAGAUCCCAGCAACCCAACAGCUACACCAGCAACGACGUGGACAUGGAAAUGGACCACUACAGUAAUGGAGUGUCUGAAUCCUCAUCUAAUGGCUUUCUAAAUGGCAGCUCCAAACAUGAUCACGAAAUGGAGGAGUGUGAGGCAGAAAUGGAGGUUGAUUCCACCCAGUUACGUCGCCAGCUCUGUGGAGGCAGUCAGGCAGCCAUCGAGCGAAUGAUCCAUUUUGGCCGUGAAUUACAGACAAUGAGUGAGCAACUCAGAAGAGAAUGUGGCAAAAAUUCUGCCAAUAAGAAGAUGUUGAAGGACGCCUUUAGUCUGCUUGCCUACUCCGACCCCUGGAAUAGUCCUGUGGGUUACCAGCUGGACUCCAUUCAGAGAGAGCCCGUCUGCUCCACUCUCAACAGUGCAAUAUUAGAGACUCACAACUUGCCAAAGCAGCCUCCGCUGGUCCAGGUGAUGGGUCAGGCUAUGCAGUGUCUCGGGCUGAUGGCGCGCUCGGGGAGCGGCUCUUGUGCUUUUGCCACUGUGGAGGAUUACUUGCACUAGCAUUGGCAUCUCGGAUUUGCCCUUCCCUGGCUGGCAAGCUCUGUCAAUAAAACAACAAACCGAGGAGAGUCUGUAUAAUGAGAAGGAAAUUAUUUUUUAAAACAUGGGACCUUGUGGGGACGGGUUCUGAUUGUCAAGUUUUCUUCCGCUUUCUAGUUUACAAGGCAUGGUGCAAAAUAUUUUUUUUGUUUGUUUUUUUUGUCUUGUCUUCUUAUAUGCAAAACUAUUUGUUCCCGUUUGAAUGAUGAUAUCAUCCCUGUUAGUAAUAAAAUGUUCCAAGAACA